AUGCUAAAUCUUCAAUACACGGAGAACACCUCGUACAUUGAUCCAUCAGUUCAGGUUGCAGUGAGGGUUCGCACAGUCAUCGACUUGAAGACUAUACCCACGCUUGCAAAGCUCGUGCAGCCCGUCAGCACAGGAUACCACCGUGCACCCUUUGUAAAUUCAUAUGUAUUCGUGUCCGGUACGGAUGAAAAACAGGAGCAGACGUUGGAGGGAGGGCCACAUUUUAACGCGAGCUAUCAGUCUACUUUGGAUAAGAUUCAGAUGAGGGGGUGGAAGAGGUAG